GGCGGCGGCGGCUGAGCCCUGCUCUUCGGGAGGCCGGCGGAGGGGCCCGGUGGCUCCAGCCCCGCAGCAGCAGGAGGCGGAGCGGGGGGUGCCGGCCGCGCCACCCGCGAUGUGGACGCAGCACCGGCGGCGGGGGGCCCCGUAGGGGCGAUCGCGGGGGGCGGGCGCGCCCCCAGCCCUGCGGGGACCCGGCUCCGCGGGGCGCUCGGACUCCGGCCGGGGCAGCGGCCGCUGCAGCAGCGCGUCGGCUCGCCGGUGCCCCGGGGGCUGCGCCCUUAGCCGCUCUCUGCGCGCUGCCCUGCGCGCUGCCCGGACCUGCGCCUGGCGAGCCCCCGCGCACCCGCCCCUGGCUGGCCAAACUUGUUGGACUUGUUUUUCCGGCGCCGGCUGCUCCCCAGGCAUCGCUGAUUCCUCGGGCUGCCCCACGGAGAUAUGGCCAUGGUGGCUGGAGGCUGGGGAGACCCGAACGGAGACACCAACGGGGUGGACAAGGGUUACCCCAGGACCUCCGAAGAGGACUCGGUGUCGCCCCAAGGUGGGGUGAGCGACCAGGAGCACGGGGACGAGGACAAGCCGGGCAUCCAGGUGGACUGCACGGUGUGCGGGGACAAGUCCAGCGGGAAGCACUACGGGGUCUUCACCUGCGAGGGCUGCAAGAGCUUCUUCAAGCGGAGCAUCCGGAGGAACCUGAGUUACACCUGCAGGUCUAACAGAGACUGUCAGAUUGACCAGCACCACCGCAACCAGUGCCAGUACUGCCGCCUGAAGAAGUGCUUUCGCGUGGGAAUGAGGAAAGAAGCUGUCCAGAGAGGCAGGAUCCCCCCCACCCACUCCAGCACCAGCCCGAACGCCAUGCCCAGCGGAGAGUAUUACAAUGGGCAGCCGGUCUCGGAACUCAUCUCCCAGCUGCUCCGGGCGGAGCCCUACCCGACUGCCCGCUACGGCUCGCAGUACGCCCAGCAGGGCAGCGUGAUGGGCAUCGACAACAUCUGCGAGCUGGCGGCCAGACUGCUCUUCAGCACGGUGGAGUGGGCCCGGAACAUCCCUUUCUUCCCAGAACUGCCGGUCUCGGACCAGGUGGCCUUGUUGCGCUUGAGCUGGAGUGAGCUCUUCGUCCUCAACGCCGCGCAGUCGGCCCUGCCGCUGCACAUGGCCCCCCUGCUGGCCGCGGCCGGCUUCCACGCCUCCCCCAUGUCCGCCGACCGCGUGGUGUCCUUCAUGGACCAGAUCCGGAUAUUUCAGGAUCAGGUGGAAAAACUGAACAGGCUGCAAGUGGAUUCUGCUGAAUACAGCUGCCUGAAGGCCAUCGCCCUCUUCACGCCAGAUGCCUGCGGCCUCUCGGACCCUGCCCACGUGGAGAGCUUGCAAGAGAAAGCUCAGGUGGCCCUGACCGAGUACGUCCGGGCCCAGUACCCGUCUCAGCCCCAGCGCUUUGGCAGACUCCUGCUGCGGCUCCCGGCGCUCCGGGCGGUGCCGGCUUCGCUCAUCUCUCAGCUCUUCUUUAUGAGACUGGUGGGGAAGACGCCCAUCGAAACACUAAUUAGGGACAUGCUGCUGUCUGGGAGCACGUUCAACUGGCCUUACGGGACAGGGCAAUAGGAGACAGCAGGAAUUCUCCCCUCGCGGUCCCAGCCGCAGCUCGGGAAGCCCAGCCUGUUCCACCAGAAACCCUUCCCAGCUGGGCCUUUUGCUGAGUGGUUCCUGCGAGGCCAGAGGCUCAGGCCUGCGCGGUUCUUUUCCAGGCCGGAAUCACAGACAGUGUGGUCCCCCACCCAUGUGGCAACAUUAGUUAGCGCCUCGCCUGGGUGUUGCCCGUCAGCACACACGGAACCCCCUCCCCACCCAGGGAGUGGGUCAGCAAAGGGUUGGAGCCUUUACUUUUCUGGGAUGACUUUUCAGAGGGCUACGGGAGAUGGCUCUGGACAGAUGAUGACUGGAGCCAAACAACGGGCAGGUCGUGCAGUCGGGAUUUGAACUUUAUUUUUUCCUUUUUAGAAAAACCUCUCUGAAGGCAAGGCAGGCUCGAACUCCUGUCCCUAGGGUACCGGACAGCAGAGGUGGGAAAUGACUGUGGGCUAUUCUGCUGAUCUGCCGUUGCCUCUGAGCCAGUCCGGGGCGACCGGGGCUGCAGGCCUCUCCUCCCCCCAUGUCUGCCUUUUGCGCACAAGCUAAAUGACAGAUGUCCGAUAAAAUAGCCAGCAGCCGUCUCUGGCAAGAACGUUUUGAGCCCUAGAACGUAGACCGGGGGGAGAGAGCGAGGGGCCUGUCCCCUAGCCCAUGGCAGACAAUUAGAGGGAAUAACAGAACUACCCCGUGUCAGACGGGUUAAAACAACCCAGUUUGGGAAGGGAGAUGAAGCCGUACGCUCCAGGGAUGAGCCGGGGCAGGGACUGGGGAAGGAAGGAGGGGGUCACGUUCGGCCUUCGCGUGGGUUCUUGCAUCAUCUCCGCUUUCAAGGCCAAAGGGACCAUUGUGAUGUAUCUGAGCUGCUGCCCCAGGCCCGAUGCUGUCACCCAGUCAGACCUGCAUCUAACGCAACGACUAGGGAGAACCCAGGUGUUGGCCCUGGGCUGACCAGGCCACAGGUCAGAUCCAGUCUGGCCUUCCACGGGGGAAUUGUUCCCUGGACCGGCGCUCCACUGCUUUGACCUGCCUGCUUCCCUCGACCCCUGCAGGCAGUGGCACUUCCCUGCCGUUCAGCCCGAAUUCACCUUGGCUCUAGCUACACGAUUCCUGGCCCGGCGCGGAGACAGUAUUUGGGGGGGGGCAUUUCCUAUAUUACAGAUGACUUUCCCCCCUCCCCUCCCAUUCAUUUCCUCACUCUAUAUUUGACAUCGCUCAGCUCAAGCCAGUCCCGCUCCGCCUGUGAUCCUGUCGGGGAAAGUUAGCAGCCGCUUUACCCCACAGACCCUUGUAUAUAGGAAACAGCGUCUCUCCCUCCCCCCGCCCCAGCUGUUUCCCUCUCCUAAUUCUGCUGAGCCUUUGAGGAGAGGUAGUGAGCUUGAAGGCUGCGCACAUCUGAAGCAGAAUCUCUGCAUGGCAAAAUAAAAAGCAGGCGGCAGUUAUUAAAUCCAGGCCAGGUAGUGGGUAAAUCACUCUCUGCAAGGGCAGGGCUGGCCCAGAUUCAGGGUUAUGCGCUAAACCGGUAAGUGGGGCAUGGUUUAUUUGUCCUGUUGCAAUUGCUGGUACCCGUGGGAAUUGCUGUUGCAGAAAAGAACCUAGCGGGGGGGGUCAGUGCAGAGCGAGGCAGAUCUGGGGCAGAUGUCGUUCCUGGAACCGAGUGGCCUCUGCCCCACUAGCCACGCUGCUCCCCAGUGCUGCCUCAGUUUCCCACCUGCUCCCCAGUGACGCUAGCCUGAGUAUCCUUGCUUUAAACAGGCUCAGCACAGACAGCGGAUCUCUGAGUAAACAAAAGCCAGAGGGGUGGAGGACUUGUCAAUUAGAGCGAGCCCUGAUUCUAACCCCAUUAACUGAAGUCAAUGCAGAUGUUUCUUAGGAAGGGGGGCUCUGUUUGGAGGGGAGGGGGAAGGCACUGGCCUUCAACCAUAUGUGCUGGGGUAGGAAUGAGCUGCCUGGAUUUUGAAUGCCUGCCUCCCCCACUUCAGUAUAGAUUGCAGGAGACUUUUCAGCACAGCAGCUACACAAAUCUUUGAUCCAACUCCCCUAAAACCUCCUUCCAAGGAGCGAUCUCGUCUCCGUCUCCGGAGGCUCUCCCUUAAACACACUGGCACCCACCGGUUUUUAAAGGCCGGAGAAACAGCUGCUUUGCAGCCACCUUGCGGAUUCGCUUUGCCUGGAGUUAAGCCAUGGUUGCCAGGUGCCUGGGAGCGACGAAGCGCUAAAUGUUGUUAUUACACAUUCACGUUGCUGCUCCAAAGUGCACUCCUACUGGGGAGGCGAGUAGGACCCUGAACCUGCAUUUUCCAAGUGUGACUACGGAUUCUGGGACACCUCAAAGGGGCAUGACUUUCAGAAAGCAGGGACUGGGUGAGCUCUGAAAGCAAAGCCCCCUUUGAGGGCAUCCAGAAACGGUGGCACCCAAAAUCUCUAGUCGCCCUUGAAAAAAACGAGGCCCUGGAUUCUGCUGUUCUAUGCAAAGAGCCUUAACACUAAACCCGAUUGCACUUAAUCCCCGAGAGCAGGGGCUUUUUGGUCACCCAGGGGCAUUGUGGGAUAUUAUCACACAUGGCAAAACCAGCUCAGAGCGACGAUACUUGAAAUUUUCAAGUCAGGUUGGGUGCCCCGAAGUGAUUUUUCUGUUCAGAAAUAAGAACCAGACACGCCCCUGAAUCUUGCUUGGGAAUCGACACCCCGUUCCGGGUCCCUAAGGGGCUGGGAAAUGAACUUUCCCCCAUCACCAAAGCAGAAUGUUACUGCCGCUGUCGGACUGAUUGUCUCCAGGGAAAGCACGCCUGCAAAGGCCUCCUUAGAAAAGGGCUCAGCCAAAGAAUCACAAUAAUAAAAGUGUGUUUUAUGCUUC